CAUUGACCAACGAUUUCGCCCACAGAACCCAUCCACACCAGCCGGUUUUUCGCCGUCAUGUCCUUCGGGAAGGCACCUCCCAGGCUGAACCAUGUGCUGCUGCCGAAGCGCGACCGAAUGCUGGAAUCAGAGCAUGGCAAGGCACCGCCAGUGCCUCGAGCGCCCCGGGCGCCCGUCAAGCCUCACUCAGCAGGUGCAUUAGCAAAAGCCACCUGGUCGCGACGUCCCAGUGAAGGGCAUCUCACUGUUCACAGCGAGAAUCGAAGACCAAGUGGAGACAGCCCUUUCGCCCGCAUCAACUGGCUGAAAAGGGAGCAAGAAUGCCCUGAGAACCAAGCCAUCGAGGUAGGCCCUGCAAGGAGGGCCGAAUCCACCGUAGCAGACCAAGAUUUUCGACGAGGACACAUCUUAGGUGCAGAGGUGAGUUCCUUCAAGGGCAUCCACUGGAGCAAGGUCAGCAACUAUGAAGCCAACGACCGGCCUUUGAUUCGGAAAUCACUGUUGAAAGAGAUGCAGGAAGCACCUCAACAUUUGGAGUGGCUCCAUGCCCCUCCUCCCAGCGUCUACGAAGAGAGAGACUAUUCCAGACGCAAUGUGCUUGCACGAGAAGCCAAAGAAGAUGAAGAUCGACACCUUGACCAACGCCAGGGUUCAGGCACUGGAUAUGGCCGUCGCAACGUGUUGAACCGGGAAGUGGCCAAAGAUGGCGACACGGUGAACAUGCCACGACCUGCUGCGGUGGAGGCAGGGGGUGCUCCUGUCUUCGCCCAGCCAAGAACUCUGGUGAAGGUUUCAGGGCAUUGACAUCCAUUAGCUGGAUCCAGUGCUGACCUGGUAGGCCUUUUUUUCGACGUGCCUGGUGUCCAAUUCGGAUGCCGAUAACCUGUGAAGAAUCCAGACCGCUGCAUGGUGUAC